GGGACCACUAAGGUCUAUAUAAAAGCAUCCAAAGAGCACCAUGUCAUGGGACCUUUAAAUGCAGAGGAAACUUUCCUCGUAUUUGUAAAUGUACUUGCCAAAUAAAGGAAAUAUUAUAUACAUUUUAUAUUAUAUAAAUAUUAUAAUAUUAUAUUAUACUAUACAAAUGACAAUACAAAAGAUCCGCCCUGGAGAUAUCAAGGGAUGCCUUAUCAAAGCCAGUCAAACUGACUGGACCUGCUUUACAGUUAAACUGCCUUAAGUGACUCUUUGCAGUCUUCCUCAAGCAGUGGGAGGUAGUUACAGAUACUGGUUUGACAGGAUUGAUGGAAAACAUACCACAUGGAAGAGUAAUUAGAUGAAUUACAGGAAAUGUCAGUGGUGAGAGGGAGUGACGUUCUCUUUCAUUAUGUAUGUAGUUUCCCGAAGGUGAAACAUGACAAAUAUUGUGCAACAUUUACAGAUGGGAGACAGGAAACACCUGAAUAAAUGCUUAAAUAAAUGUACAUCAUAUACAGUAUAUGCUAAUGGAGUAUUAAGAUGGUUAAUUACCGGUCUCACUGUAGUCCAUAGACUGUAAUAGCAAGUAGAAUUUUCGAAACACUGAGCUUUAAACAUGACAAUCCCCCGGCAUAACCCCACGCACCUAAGAAAUAUACGUAUUCUAUUUGGCAGAGCCAGACGAUUGUGAUUAAUUUUUAUAUUUUUUUGUCAAAAGACUCUGUCUCUAGCUCGUAAUCGAUACCACGCACGCUAGGCACGUAGCCAACGUUGUACAACACAUCACGACAAAGUGUUCAUGGGAAAUGUAGGAUUAGUACUACAAGCAGUGUUGCCAGAUAAAGAUUACGUUUCCGAGCCAAAGACACACAAAGCCGCCCACAUUUCUUGGCGCACAACAGACCAAUCUGGAAACAUUUCUGCAGUCGGACGAUUCAAACAGACGCUUCGCUUCAUUCAUCACCAUCAGCCAAAUUGGCUAGUAACUUUAAAAUGUUACAUGCCAAAGUUAAUUUUUACCCGCAUUUGGCGGGUUGGUGGGUGUCAAUUUAAAGCCCUGAUUAUAGCAACAAAUGAGGGAAUAUAAUUUCAGAACAGUGAUGUUUCAUCCCUUUAAUAGGGUUCCAAAGACUUAUAGAGUCUUUAACAAAGAACAGUGGAGCUGUCCGGAUGCUCAUGUUGGCCCACAUACUUUAUGUUGGUUUUACUCUUCUGUCUGUUUAUUGAACUUCUUCACUUUUGAUUUAACAAAAGGGGGCGCAAAAUGACCACUGCAACAUAUUGGCAACCAUUCUAUUGUGAAAUAAUUGACAAUGGUUUAACCGGAAGCCAACUUGACACUUGAGUAAAAAGAUCUGUGGUCAUAUGUAUAGUGUGGCGAAAAUAUGUAUAGUUAUACUGUAUAGUGGGAACUUCCUCUUUAUGAAUAUUUCUCAUAGUCUCUGCCCACUCCCUUUCGUUACCGUGAUGUUCUGUGUGUAAAUUAAACUGCAAUCGAAAGUGAAAGUGUUAGAUGGUGUCUAAAGGGGCGGAGAUAAAGGGAGAGGAAAACAGAGGACAAAGGAAAUCUCUCUAUUCUGGAUCACAGCAACACCAAGAUGCAGUCCCUCAAAGAUCACGAUACUCUCAUUCCUCGGCCUCGUGGGACUUUGCCUAAGGUAUGUGCUGCGGCACUGGCUGCCGUGACAAUAGGAGGCACAGUGGUUCUGUCUCCUGAAAGAUUAUUUGGAUGGGUUGCCAUGGUAAUACUCAUCCUGACCCUUGGUCCUCUGCUGCACGGCCUCUGUCUGCUCGCAGAGGAGAUGUUUUACCAUUCAAAUACGAGGUAUCGAGGCAGAGGGCUGCUGAGCCAUGUGCUGCCAGCCUGUGGGUUGGGGGGAAAGACCCUGCUGGCUGCGGGUCUGGCAGGCAUUCUGCUCUACCUGGCCGGACAUCCUCUGCAACACAAAGGCCAAUGCUGGAAACUCCUCUUCCUGGCCUCGGCCCUUUACGCGCUGUUCAAAAGCCUGGGAGUCUUGGGUCCGUCGGAGGUGGAGGUUUCAGACGUCUGCGAGGGGAGGAAGAUGAACGUGGCCCACGGCCUGGCCUGGUCCUUCUACCUUGGCUACCUGCGACUGGUGCUGCCACGUUUGGAGGGCUCCAUUGCAGCAUUUCGUGCCACCCAUCAGGCCAGCAGGUCCUCCUGGGGUCGUGGCUCCAGGAAGCUCCUUAUCCUCGUACCUCUCAACGCCAACAUUUCUCACAAGCUGGAGGAAGAGGAUGACAACAUCUUUUUCUAUGACAACCUCCCCAACAGUGAGAUAGACAGGGCAGGAGUCCGGGGGCGGGUCUACAAACACAGCGUCUACAGUGUAUUGGACAAGCAUGGAAAGGCCCAUGAGUGCGUGGUGGAGUAUGCGACGCCUCUGCUGACGCUGUACAGCAUGUCCCAGGAGAGCAGCGCUGGUUUCGGGGAGCCGGAGCGCAGACAGCAGGUCCUGCUCUUCUACAGGACGCUGCAGGACAUACUGGAGCACUCGCUGGAGUGCCGCAACCGCUACAAACUCAUCCUGCUUAAUGAUGAGCAUGAGGACGACCCUCACGUCCUGUCCAAAGCUAUCCUACGCCACCUGCAGCAGCAGGAGAAAGAGGAGUUCUGCCUCACCCCGCCUCCUCACCAGGAGAUGGCGCACCCGUUGGCGAGCGCAUCCGGCGCACCGGCUGCGAACGGCGACUGGCACCACCCUGAGCAAAUGAGCAGGGAGCCCACGCUCAUGUUCAGCCUGGAGAAACCGCAGCCUCUGAGGGAACCUGUCGAGAACACUUAUCAAUGAACAAUUGUUAGGGACAUUAUGAUACAUACUUCCCCUCUUGUUAUUAUUGAACUGUUUGCAUGGAAUAAUAUUAUUCUGAAUGCACUAAACAAGAUAACAUGGAGCCUUUGCGUGUCCUUGUCUGAGCACGGUGUGUUCCUGAGGGUAUACGUGCCCUCCCAGACCAGAUAGGGGAGACGUCAUUGACUCUGAUAAGAUAACAAUUUCUCUGUAUCACGAUUUAUUACAUUUAUUAUAAAAAGCAGCUGUAGAGAGCUUUUCAUUAGGUCAUUGUCUGUACUAUUCUGUAGUGCGGAGAAGGCCUCCUUGUUGGGUUCUCAAGUAAAAAUGAAGAUUGAUAUAUCUUCAGUGGUCCUGUCUAUCAUUUGGUAAUGGAAAUGAUUCCAACAAUAUACUGUAAAUACAUGCUCAGGCAACGGGGAACAUAAAAAGGCACACACACACACAUGAAAUAAAUGCAAACAUUUGCUUCCAA